AUGCGUAGGCUAGGAUGUAAAGUCAUGGCUGUUAGACUAAGGAUUCUACUUCUACCAUUUAGAGAUCCCAUGGCUUUGGAGUGGGAGAGUGCAUUUGGGAGCCUAACAUCCGGGGAAGUAGUUGAUUUAAGAGAUUUAAAAGUUUUUAUGGUGUGGUUAGAAUUGAUAGGAGAUAUUGAAGAAGAUGAUGAGCGAGGCUAUGGUGGCAAUUGA